AUGACGGACAUAGCACCCGAAUGCUUGAUCGCGCUCGACACAGCCAGAGUGCAGCAACUGCGCCCUGAAGACGUCCCCACUGAAGUUCAGCAGGGUAUGCUGGGAGCGCGAGAGAUCAUGAGAAUGCAGUCGCACUACUUCGACGAUCGCGACUAUGUUCUCUUUCGUCACACGGAGCCUACCCCUGUCGACGACACACCCAAGGGGUUUGGGGAGUGGAUUGUGGCUACUGCCACAUACCAUGUCCGAGAACAUGGUGCAAUAUGGAGGGACUUGCGCGCACUCAUGAUUGCACGGCGGGAGGUACGAGCGGCCGUACGACGGGACCGAGACUACCACGUAGUGAAGUGGACUGCAGGUGACGCUGUUGGCCACCCCGACGCACUCAUGUUAACGACUGCGCUUGCCUCGGAUCCGCACCCGUACCUACAACAGGAUCCUGCCAUUCAUGAUGGAUCAGUCCCGGGAUCUCAGGGGGACCUGCAACAGGACCCCCUACCCUUGAUCACGAAGCCGAUGAAUCGCAGCGCCCGAACCCAACCGCAGAACUCGACGGUCACCUCUAGAAGGAGCUUGCGGUUAAUACAGGCUGUGGUAUUCCACCUAGAGCAAGUCACUUCAUGGCAGGAGGGCUUUCCAUCCGUACCAACUGCCUUGGUCGUAGCAUCGACGUAG